AUGGAUUCGGUUGAGAAGCACAUGAAGAGCGUCUCUAUUAACGAGAAGCCGCAAGCCGAAAAGGCCAAGGUCGGACUUUUGCCGCUGGCGGCGAAGAAACCGCAAAACACGAAAGGAGAAAAGGUUAUGGUCGCCACGAACAUUCGCCCAAUUGGUUAGUAUCCGACUGAUCAAUCUCAAAAGUUCUUCCUUUUUCAGAAAUUGCCAAGAAUCAGCCGAUUUUCAAGUACGACGUGAAGAUUCUCUACUUCUUCCGUCAGGCCGACCGCACCGAGCCCGUCGCAAUCGAGCUGUCUAAGUCGACGAGACCGGGCGUCGAGCACGAGAACGACAAGGAGCGCUGUGUGAAGGUCUACAAAGAGGUCGUCGCGCAGCACAAGGAGUUCAGCUCGGGCGGCCCGUUCUUUUACGACCGACAGGCGUGUCUCUACUCGUUGUCUGAGAUCAAGGGCAGUCCGUCGUACUCGGUCGAGCGCAACAUCUCGAAACGCGACAACUUUGUCAGAGCUGAGCUCACUUUGACGAAGGCCGCCGACUCGUUCCAGUCGACGUCGAACGACAUUGUGAAUACGGUCAGCCAGCGCCCGGCAAACGCGGAUCGCACUCUGCUCGAAGCGCUCAACGUCAUCGUCAGUGCUCCAGCUUUCGAGAAGUGCGCAUUGUGACCAGGGGUGUUCGGAAAAAAAUGCUCGCAAGUUUCCGGAAGAUAAUUCCGCACACCCCUGAUUGUGAUCGACUUCCGAUCAAAAAUGUUUCGUUUUCAGCCCGAAUGUCGUCACCGUCGGACCAUGCGUUCAUUACCUGAUUGACACCGCGGGAAUAAGGUGAGUGAUUUCGUCAUCGAAAUGAUAAAAUGGCGUUUGACUUUCAGUGGCAUUCCAUUCAAGGCAUUCCGAGAGGGAGGCCUCUAUUCCGGAGUCGGUGCAUCGAAGGCCGUCAAGACUUUGGAAGGUGUUGGCAAGAAUGGAACUGGAAUUUUCAUGAGUACUGAAAGUGAGUUUAGCUGCUUUCAUUUUUUAUCGUAAUCUUUCUAUUUUCAGUGAAGACCACCCUGUUUCAUCCGGAUUGGCUGAAUCUUAUCGAGGUCUUCCGCACUUUCCCUGGUUUCAGGCCCGAUUUGACUGCCACCUCGCACGCCGCCAGAACAAUGGCCAAGUCGAUCAUCGGAUCGUACGUCUCGCUGCAGUACGGAUCUCACAAGGGCGCGGAAGCGACCGUGAUGCGCGUCCGCGGGAUCGGAGCGUCGGCUCGCGAAGAGCGCUUCGAAGUCGACGGAAAGCCGACUACCGUCGAGCGCUACUUCAAGGCCAAGUACAAUGUGGAGCUCAACUACCCGAAGCUCUUCACGAUCGAGACGAAAGGAAAGAACGGAAAGGUUUUGCUUCCGGCCGAAGUGCUCCUUCUCUGCCCCUCUCAGGUCGUCACCAACGAGCAAAUGGUCAACAGCGAGCAGGCGGAAAUGAUCAGGAUGUCGGCGCUGCAGCCACAAGAUCGCAAGAGAUUCACCGAGCAGAUCGCGGCGGCCACCCAUCUUGCGAGUGACAGUAUGAACGGCGCCAUCAAGGUGCAGAAACCAUUGACUGUCGAGGGAAUCAUCCUGCCGAAGCCGAUGAUUCUAUUCAACGGAAACCGGGCUGCCGAUCUGAACAACCCGAAGAGCAAGUACCCUACCGAUUUCAAUCGUGCCGGCAGCUUUUUCAUCCCAAAAAGCCUCACCAACUGGGAAAUGUGCUUUGUUGAGGGAGAAGAAGUCCCGUAAGUCACCUGAAAUGUCGGUUCGUCUCCAAAACUUCAUUUUGCAGCGGCCUCGAUCAGCAGCUGGUCAAUGAGAUGAAGAGCAAUGGAAUGCAGGCCAGUAUGCCGUCGACCGUCAAGAUUUCUCGUCGUGAGGAUCUCGACCGCGUCUUCAGAAAUGCGAAGGCUGCCAAGAGGCAGCUGAUCUUCUUCGUCAUCAAGACCCUAUAUCACUUCCAUAAGGAGAUCAAGGCUCUCGAGCAGAAGUACGACGUACUGACCCAGGAGAUUCAUCUCGAGACUGCUCAGAAAGUUGGACGUCAAGCGCAGACGAGACAGAACAUUAUCAAUAAGGUGAGAAUGAGAAGGGGAGGGGGAUCUCGGCAAAACGUGUAAAUGUGUUUCAGACCAACAUGAAGUUGGGCGGUCUCAACUACUUCAUCAAGAGUGGCGCGUUCGGCAACCCGAACCGUCUGAUCAUUGGAUUCGAGACAUCUCAGCGUGGCGGUGCCGGCGGAGACUCUGAGAAGCCGAUUGCCGUCGGUUUCGCUGCCAACAUGCUGGACCACUUCCAGAAGUUCGCCGGUGGAUACGUUUUCGUCAAGAGAGAGCGUGACGUCAGUUUCUGCAAUUUUAAAUGUUAUUUCCAUUGCUUUUUGCAGGUUUACGGAUCUUUGAUCAAGGACACAAUCACCACGAUCCUCAGAACGGCGAAGAAGAACCGUGGACCACCGAAUGACAUUCUCGUCUACUUCAACGGAGUCACCGAGGGACAGUUCGGACUGGUAGGCUCCGAUUCGCUGUAACUUCCGCAAUAUCUUAUUUUCAGAUCAACGAGGAAUACUCGAAGAGCAUCAAGGAGGCGUGCGUUGCGUUGAGCGCUUCCUACCGCCCGAACAUUACCAUCAUCGCUUCCUCGAAGAUGCACAACGAACGUCUGUACAAGAGCGUCAACAAUCGCGUCUCGAAUCUGGAGCCGGGCACGGUGGUCGACCACACUAUCGUGCACCCGCACUACAACGAGUGGUACCACUCGUCGGCGGUCGCCCGUCAGGGAACUGUCAAGACGACCAAGUUCACGCUGAUCUUCACGACGAACGUGGCGGAGCCGAUGUCGAACAUCGAGGAACUCACCAACGACCUGUGCUACGACCACCAGAUCGUCUUCCAUCCCGUCGGACUGCCCGUACCACUCUUCAUCGCCGGACGCUACAGCCAGCGCGGAGCCAUGGUGCUCGAGGUGAACGGCGCCGUCUACAACACCAGCGGAAAACUGGAUCUGGAGGCGACGAACCGCCAACUCGGAUACGCCAACAAGCAGUUGUUCGAGACUCGCUUCAACGCCUAA